AUGCUCGCAGAAGUCCAGUCUUCCGACCGACCUGCAAAUUCGCCGCUUCCAGAGCCUCUGUUCAAAACGAAAAGACUCCUCGCGAGGCCAAUGCACCCACAGGAUGCCGAAUCUUCACAGCGCGCCUGCGCCCCAGCCUCCAUCACAAAAUAUAUGUCACUUGCCUUCGCACACCCCUACACCCUUGAUCACGCACACACUUGGAUAGCUAUGAACAAAGACGCGCCUCACAACAACCUCUUCCUCACCACACUCUCCGACCCUUAUACCGUUAUUGGCGGCAUCGGCCUCAAGCCCGGCUCCGACAUCCAAGCGCACACCGGCGAAGUAGGCUACUGGAUCUCCGAACCGUACCAAGGUAAAGGAAUGAUGAAGGAAGCGCUUGAGGGAUUCGUAGAGUGGACGUUCCUUCACCGUCAGGGCGACGGCUCGACUCCUGCUGACGGUAAUUCGAGUUCCUUCUCCGGCCGUUGA